AUGGGGAUACUAUUGAUUCUGCUGCGGCACACCAUCAAGGCUUUAGUCAGUAAGCAAACGGCCCUCGCAGGUGUAUUGGGGCUUAUGCAGAAUAUAGCGGGGAUCUACGCGCGUGGGGAAACAUGGAAGCAAUUCCGCACCUACACUGAAUAUAGCGAUGUGAAUCAGACUAUCUCCGACGUGGCCUGGGCAAAAUUCACUACCAAUGGCUUCGUGGCUAUCCCGCACCACGAGGCGGCCGACUUCGGACUCCCCCUCGCGGAAGAUUUUCCUGAUGACCCAAGCAAGGGUGUGUACGUGUUGGAAGCGUUUCAUGAAAUGCACUGUGUGAUUUAUCUACGCGAGACAAUCCAAGCCUUAUUAUCAGGGAAGUCGGUGGAUGACAAAGCUGCUCACAUCAACCACUGCUAUGACGCUUUGCGUCAAGCUAUCCAAUGCAGGGCAGAUGAUACCCCAAUCUAUAUCCCUUACCGGUCGAGACUAACCGGUGAUGGGCAACACCGGCCGUGUCGGGAUUGGAAUGCUUUGGAAAACUGGGCUCAACGUCAUUCCGCGUGUUGGCCGACGGGGCAUUGCGCAGAUCUAGAGAUGCUAGAUCUUGAUGUUAAGACAAUGAAUAUAUCCCACUACCAGCAAGUGGAUGGAGUUGCCGAUGGUGAUGAAUUUCAAGAGACGCAACAGAGCACCCAUGAUCGACCAGAAUUACGAACAUGGAAUUUGCGGUGCAUACUGAUCGGCGUCGGUGCUGGAUUGAUACUGGGUGCCCUGACAUCCCUGAUCAUAUCCAUGGAACCAAAGGACACAUACACGAGAAAAAUGGCAGCAUGGUCGCCCGCACUUGACACAUUUAAUGAUCAGCUGUCCAUUCAACGAUUUAACGGUGCCCUUAGGGACCCCAACAAAUAUCGUGGCCCUCCCAGCCAGGAGAUCGACGAUGCAUGGGACGAGCUCAUUUACCCAGAGGGAGGCCUCGUCCGCUUGUCUAAAGCCCAACUCGACAAGAUUAAUGCAUCCGAAUAUGCGGCCGAGUACACAGAAGAGCUGGGCGGCGGCUAUAUAGCCACAAUAGAGGUAUUUCACCAACUGCACUGUGUAAACAUGCUUCGCAAAGCAACGAAUAUGGACUAUUACCUAUCGAGGAUAGACGAGUGGGAGGAUGGCAAGACGUUGAGAUAUCACUUAGAUCAUUGCAUUGAUAUGCUCCGUCAGAAACUCAUGUGCGACCCUGACGUCGGCAUGGUAACGUAUGUAUGGGCCAAGGGUUGGAAGCAACCAUUCCCAGACUUUAAUACCAUCCACAAGUGCCGGGACUACUCCAAAGUACUCGAGUGGGCCCGUAGGAAUUACGUGCAUGGGAGAGAUGUUGCCGAUAUUGAACGUGCUCCCGGGGCUCUCGAGAGAGAUACUCGUCCUUAA